CACAAACACUCUUCUCUCCACUUGCGCUUUCAGACUACGGCGAUGUCUUCCGGCCGGCGGCGCUUCUCCAUGAAACAACCUGUAGCUGUCGUAGAUGUCGGAUGCGGCUGCCGGCGAACAAAGCUCUCUGCUUUUCUGACCUCCCUCCGACUGAAGCCUCGCCGUCCAAACACUCCCCACUCACUCUCCUCCGCCUCCCUUUGGCCUUCGACCGCCACUUCUACCACCAUGGUGAACUCCUCCUCCUUCUCCCUUUCCUCUCAUGAAGAAGAGGAGAGGAAGAAGAAGAAGGAGAAAAGAGCGAAGAGAAGAAACAGGGGAAUGGAAAAGCCUUGGUCUGCGGCGGCUGAGAGCGUGCCUGUGGUGAAGGAAACAUCUGAGCCUUAUGCUGACUUCCGGGAAUCAAUGGUUCAGAUGAUAGUGGAGAAUGACUUGUACGCUUGGGAUGAUCUCAACGACCUCCUCCACCGCUUUCUCUCACUAAACUCUCCCCGCCACCACAAUCUCAUUCUUCAUGCCUUCGCUGAUCUCUGGUCUGGAGUAUUCUCACCUCCCUCUCCAUGCCGUUGGGAAAAUUACUACUAGUUCAAAUGAUUCUGUAUUUUACUUUCCUAACACUUACUAUGAACUAUAAUGUGCUCAUUUUAAGUCAUAAUAAAGAAAAAAAAUACAGAGUUCUGUCAUGUUCAGCUCAGCUCGCACACAACUGCCAUGUACAGCUUUCAAUUACUGAUCAAUUAGACGAGUUGAGCUGAACUAUGAUGAACGUAUGCUGUAUUUUACUCUUAGAUUAUAUUAUGAACUAUAAUGAGCUCCUUAUAAGUCAUAAUAAAGUAAAAUACAGAGUUUGAUUAUCUGAUUACUUAGAUGCCUAGCAGAACUGUAGAGGUUCUUAAUUACUUAUUAACUAGAUGACUUAGGAGAAAGCUGUAGUUAUGAACUGAUGUGAUGGCUUGCUUGUUUCAGUUGUUUACAG